AUGCCCACAGAUUUGCUUUCUUGGAAGGACAGUAAAUUGGAGGACAAGAGUUGCACACACCCCAGGAUCACCAAGAGUCUGAAGAUGCUUCAGAGAGUGGCCAGCCGGGAUUCCCAGAACUUGGAAUGGUUACUGUGCAGAAGUCGUAGCCUCGGCAAGACAAGCCAAAGCAUCGGCCGCCAGUACUGGAGGAUGAGCCCGCUCAAAAGCUUCUCCAGCCCCAACAACUUUGCCUCCCAAGUGGAAGAACUGAGGAAGGUCUUCCUGAUGAGGCCUGGCUGCCCACAGUUCAGCACCAGGGCCACAUCUAUGUCCCACAUGGGUUCAGCCACCAUGGUCAAUCUGACUGAGAACGUGUUUCUGGACAAGCAGAGCUUGGGCACAGGUGUAACAGAACAACCCCUUUCAUUCAGUAAGAGUUCCUGUGAGCUCAGCUACCUGCGGAAGGAAAGCAGGUCCCUGACCCCGAGUCCUUCGUCCAGCAGCCUUGUCAUGGUCCAGAGCUACCGGAGGAGUAAGAUACCCUGGUACAUCUCUGUCAUCCAUGAGAAGGAUCACUCCCUGCUCAUGCUGGGGGAAGAGCUCCAGCGCCUGUCUGAGCUGGAGACCCAGGUGCAGAAGAAAGACCAGGAGAUCUGGGCACUGCAGAAGGAGAGAGAGGGCCUGAAGAGGCAACUGAAAAUUCUCCUCCGAAGCAAAGGCCAGGAGACCCCUGUGGCGACCUCUGCCACCAAAAUAGAGCGGCCCUUUGAGAUGAAGCUGGGGAUGAUGAGCAGCCACAAAGCCUUGGGCAGGGAUGACGAAGACCUGCAGUCCUGGAUGCAGAUGCAAGAAGAAUAUGGCAUGGUUGAACAAAGCAGGGACCUGAGGGACAUUCAGGAGGAAAAGGUCCUUGCCGAGGAGCCCAAGGAGAUUGAGAUCAGCAGAACUGGGAGCAGUUGGAAGCCACAGGCUGUGCAGGAGGAUGGUGCUGAGGAAGAGCAGGAGGAAGCAGCAGGGGCAGAGGAGGAAAAUGAGGAGGAGGCAGGGGAGGAGCAGGCGGGGGAGGAGCAGGCGCGGGAGGAGCCGUGGGAGCUGCCGGAGGAAGAAGAGCUCCCCAGGAGAACAUACUCCCUGACGGAGUCCUUCGAGGAGGAGCUGAUGGCUCAGCUAGAGGAGUACGAACGUAUACUGAUGGACUUCCAGAGUGAGCUGGAACUCACCAAGAGCAGAUACCUCCUUGCUACAGGAGCCAUCACCUCCUUACAACGACAAGUGGGCUUUCAAGAAUCUCAGCUGCGCAAGGUCAACACAGAGAAUGAGACGCUGAGGAAGGAGCUCCGGGAGCGAAAAUGCCAACUGCAGGCGAUGACUGAAAAGUUCUCCAACCUCCGCGAGGACAAGAAGCACCAAGAAAUGAUGGGACUCAUCGAGAAGGACAACUUUGUCCUCCGACAGCAAGUGUCAGAUCUGAAGAGCGAGCUUGCUAAGCAAGAGCUCACCAACACGGAGCUGAGCGCCAAGGUCAGCAAACUGCAGGAGGAGGCUGACCUUGCUGAGAACCACUUGCAGCGGUGGAAGCAGCUGCAAGAAGAUCUGCAGAGCAGGAAUGAGAUGAUCCAGCAGGCAGAGCAGCAGGCCCGUGUGGCCCUGGAGAGCUCCCAGUCCAGGCUUGAGAGACUGCGGAAUAAGAUCAUCCAGGCCGCCUUCAGUGUCACCGGGAACAAGAACCUGACCACAGAGAUCACGGACAACCUCAUCCUGGAAACCCUGCAGAGAAUCGUCACCGAGAGAAGCGACUUCUACCAUCAGCUGAAGCAGAAGGGUGUGAAAGUGCCCCCCCUGCAGCAGUCAGACAUCUCCCUGCCCAGCAAACUCAAGAAGGGACUAACCAAGUAG